AUGAGCAACUACACCAGCACGCCGCCGCCGGUGCUGCUCCCCGCCAAGGCCAAGUCGGACUUGUCCACCGGACCGUCCAUCAGAGACCUCUUCUCCCAGGCCAAGCGCCUUUUGGCGCUACAGCCGCGGGUCGAAAACCGCCAGGUCAGGGAAGACAACACGCGGGCGCAGCGUGAAUGGAGCAGCGGCGCGCCCGCGCCCGCCAGCGCGCCGGGCAACGCGCCACAGAACCACCCGCACGCCAAGGUGCUCGACUUGUUGCUGCCGCUCUCGGUGGACGACUUGCGCGGGCCCGUGUCCACAUCCGUGUCGUUCGGCAAGGCGCACAAAAGCCGCCCGGAGCUGCUCACGCGGCAGUCGGUCACGCCGCGGUCCUUGGACAGCAGCCCCAGCGGCACGUACGACGGCGCCCUGCUGUCGCGCGAGUCGUCACACACGCCGUCGGCCAGCGACAGGCCGCGCGUUGCCAUGUCCACGCGGCUCGGCAGGGACACGGCGCCGCCGCCGUCGCAUCAGCAGCAGAAGCACCAGGCCUUGCGCUCGAACUUGACCUCCUCCCUCCAGAAGCUCCCCAAGCAGGACCGGCAGCCCCUGCCCUCUGCAGGCGACAAGGGUGCUGCUGCCGACACCAAGAAACCCACGGAGUGCAACAACUGCGGCACGCUCAAAACGCCCCUCUGGCGGAAAGACCCGGACGGCAACACGUUGUGCAAUGCCUGCGGGUUGUUCUUGAAGUUGCACGGCACGACGCGCCCGCUCUCGCUCAAGACCGACGUCAUCCGCAAGCGCAGCUCGCGCCGGGCCUCGGCCACGCCUCGCGCCGCGGGCUUUCCCUCCAGUCUCUCACGCCACGGCUCGUACCUGGCGGAGUACUCGCGCGCCAAGCACGACCAUGCCUCGGGAAUCCCCAUUCUGAACAGCCCCAUGCUGGGACCCGCUGCCGCGUUCAGCUACGGCCUGGUGGGGUCGGCCUACUUUUCCGCGGACGCCUCCAAGCCCAAGAACGUGCUCAUACUACCGAAGCCCUCGGGCGCGUGCUCUUACCAGACAGCGUCAACGCCCAUCCACGAGAAAAGCACGCCGCACAGUCUCGGCAGCUCCAUGCAGAUGUCAACGCCGUCGUCGCCAUACAGCACCAGCGCGUCGCUGCAGUUCAAGCGAAAGAAGUCGGAGGUAAACAUCUCCGAAUUGUCCGACUCCUACGGAAGGCGCUUCGCGCCGGUCAACGGGUUCAGUGGCUCUUUCACCACCGUGGGCUCGGCCACUGGCAAGCGCGGCGGCUCGGCCACGCCCCAAAUGAAGAAGAGCUAUGUCGCGGGCCUCGGAAGGUCAGCCACCCCCCUACAGGGCCUCAGCACUUCUGCGCAGUCCGGGCCGAUGAACUCGGCGUUCUCGAGGUACUUCACCGGCCUGCAGCCCGCGUCGUUGGCCACCAACAACAAUAUGUACUUCGACCAAAUCUCGGCCGCCUCGCCUCAUGGCCAGCAAAGGAACAGCAUCUCGAGGGCGGGCCGCGAUAGCAUCACGUCGGACUUCACGCCGUACUCCGCCUCCUCGCCCACUAUCUUUGACGAGAAUAGCCACCGGCAAUCCUUCGCGGUGCCUAGUGAUAUCCCCAACUACGACAGCUAUCUCAAGAGUGGCAACGAGGGGUUAGCCUCCCCGGUGAAGAAUGAAGAUGACAUGGAGACCGACGAUUUUUUCAAAAACUACACCUCUCUACAUAGCGAGGAGUCGGAGGGCACCACUUCGCCCGAGACCGCGCUCAACAUGGGGGGCAAGUUCGAUAUCAAGCCAACAACCACCAAGUCAUCCCUCACGCAUGGUCUCAAGGGCGAGUUUUCGACCGCCUCUCCCCUGGAGGAUAUAAAGCCUGCGACGGACUUGGACUGGUUGAAGUUUGAGAUUUGA